UUCGUAUCAAAUAGUAGUUGAUAGCGGUACAGUAUUUAUAAAAAAAGCGUAAUAAAGUAUCUCACCAUUUUUAAUAAUAUAUUUAAUCCUUUGACAACUAAUAAAUUGCACAAUAAUUUUAUUAGUAACUCAAUUUUUUUGUAAUGAUUGUGUUUACGCAUGAUACGCAUACAAUAUUACAGUUUUCGUACGUACAUAAUUGUUUCAUGCAAUAUUAAAAUAUUGGACAUACAAAUUUAAAGACCGUGUAUUGAAGUGUACGGUUAAAGCAUUUAUAUUACGACUGUAUAAACAAAGUAUUCCGAUCAAUGAUGUUCGAUUAUUGCAUUUAGUUGUUAAAAUACGAAUAUGACAACUAUGGAGGUAAAUUCAAUAUCUGGUGAGGAAAGUAGUGAGGCUUCAGAUGAAGAAGCAAAAUCAGAAAUUGGAAUGUCUGAAAAAUCAAACAAAACAUCUUUAUGCAAACUUGAUGAAAAAGGCAGAUUAAAUCUUCAAAAUAUAUUGUCAUCUUUCAAUGGUCCUGUCGGCGAAGAACAAGCAUGGGCAUUAUGUUAUCAGGCUGCUAAAACCUUAUCUUCUCUUCCAAAAAAUAAAUGUUAUAAGUUGUCAAAAUUAUCACAAAUAUUUCUUCAUAAAGAUGGCAAUGUUUUUAUAGAUACAAAAUGUUCAGUUGUCUCUGAACAAAAAGCAGUUUAUUAUCUGGGUACUAUAGUUUUUAAAGCUCUUGAUUUUGGCUCUAAAAAAGGAGAAGAGAGAACUUUACCUCCUGCUUUGGAGAAGCUUGUUACACUAAUGACAAAUUCAGAUCAAGAUUCUAAAACUGAGACAGAUACUGAACGUUUACAAGAAACGGAUGAUGAAGGUAUUGAAAGAGAUUCUGGAGAAAUGGAUAUAGACGAAUUCGUUAUGGAAGAAACUGAUUCCUCUUAUGAAGGAAAUUCAUCUACGUGCUCUUUAAAGCAUGUUUUGAAUUUAUGUACCAUACAUAUGGAGACUACAACCGAAGUAGCAGAGAUGCAUUAUCGUGCUGUUAUACGGGCAUAUGUAGCAGAAGCAUUGGAAUUAUCUCAAUUUUUAAAAAAAGUUGCAACAAACAGGCUUCACGAGGGCGAGAAAACAUCACUUACUAUAGAUAAUGCGAAACAUGGAUCAACAUCGUUACACGAGUUAGAUACAUUAGGUUUCAAUGACUGGACUGACAUUAGGAUUUGGAGAGCUAUACAAGCAAGAUUUUGGGUUCAAGUUAUCAGCGAGUUAAGGAAAGGAGUUAAAUUGAAAAAAGUAGAAGCCAAUUUACAAUCACGAGGACAGGGGCAGAGACGAGGUGCGGAGUUCGAAUUAACACCUUAUGAAAUUUUAAUGGAUGAUAUACGGGAACGAAGGUAUCGUCUAAAAAAGACACCAUCGCCAACACCCUAUUCAAAGAAGGACGUUCAUGCUAUUAUCCUUGAAUUUAUUCGGAGUCGGCCGCCUUUGAAAAAGGCAUCCGAGAGACAAUUACCUCCCUUACGGAAGGAAUGCACUCUUCGAGAAUUGCUGAUGGAGAGUAUAAAAAAACCCCCGAAGCCUUUACGAUCGUCACGAGACAGAUGGCAAGUUCCUACGGUUGAAGAAAGGGCACGAUCGAAUGAACAGUCAUCCGACAGUAAUAAUGUGAAAGAAAAUGGGUCACCGACCAUACCAAAGCCUGCUCGUAGAGAUUCCGACGGUUUAAAUACCAGACGAACUAGAAAAGUGAUCCCCGUUGAUUUCGAUUUAAAGUUAGAUGCAGAAGAUGAAGACGAUGAGGAUUAUAAUGAUGAACUGAACGUAGCGAGAUUCGAGGAAGAAGACGAGGCCUAUGAUUACCCAUUUGAAAAUCGUGAUAUUCCAAACGAUAAUAAGGAUCAUGAUUACGAGAGAGACGACGAUGAUGCGGAUUCAGCGAAUCCUUGGAAAAAAACUGGUGGUCUUCGACUUACAAGAAACGAGUAUCAUCGUUUCUGCGAUACUCAACUGGAAUCAUACGAUCUUGCGACUCAAUGCCCAUCUAGAAGGGCUUCGGCAAGAAAACACGCAGCUAGGCGUAAUAUAGCUCUUACAUCUUUUACUGGAACAACAUCUCUUCCUCAUUCAAGACCUCAAAGUCGGCAACACGCAAGCGUAACAGGAUCUACUUUGAGUCAAGGCACUAGUCCAUAUAUUAGUCUCAGUCCAAGUCCAAAUCUUAGUCCUCAGCCUAGAGCGAGGCAGCCCCGGAGAUCGAAUACGGUUGUUGAAGGCAAAGAUAAUAUCGAGGAUCGGAACGUUGAUUGGCAAGAAGAUAAUACUCAGAAACCUAACUUGGGUGAUAUGUUUUUUGAUGAAAGACUUUCAUUAACGCUAGAAGAAAUCGUACAUAUUCGUAGCGUAUUGACUAAGGCCGAAUUGGAAUCAUUGCCUGUCGAGGGUCAAGUGAAAGAAGACGUAGAGAAAAGACGUGUUUGUUUUUUGUGUCUGAAAACAAGAUUUGGUUUAUUAGGGCCAUGGGGUCAGCGUUGUCGACUUUGCGAAAGAACAGUCUGCGUGAAAUGUUACUCUAAAAUGCGGAUUCCAACCGAACAUUUUGCUCAUGUACCGGUGGUAUUAUUGUCUCCUGGUUUAUUGUUAUCGCCAUCAUCUUCUGAACCAGAUACGAGUGGAAAAAAUUCUUGGUUAAGAGGUACAGGAGCAGUUGGUUCAGCGCCAGCAUCACCAGCUUCUAGACGUAAAGAUUCUGCAUUGCGAAGUAUAACACCUUCCUCUACUCCUGCGACUACACCCCUUUCGGCUGUAACGCCAACUUCGAUUCCUUCAUCUAAUUCUCGGCGAGACAUUGACACUUGUGCUACGGAAAAAAGAAAUUAUAAAGGAAGUGGUAGUCCAGCAACUACCACAGCUACAAAAGCAUUUUCAACAUUUGCUAGUCCAAGUUCCGAACAACGAUUGGCGGCAGAACGAUUACGAGGUGUUGCUAUGGUUGUCUGUCAUGACUGUCGCAUCAUGGUGAUACAAAUUAUUAAAAGUUCGAGGACAACUCGAGCUACGAUACGCAACAAUGUUAUCUCUCGUCUUACUUUGAGUCUCUCACCUGCAUAUGUUUAAAAUCUCCUUACUGAGCUAAAAUCCAAAAAUAUUACAAAGCUCAGUUAAAAAAAAGGAAAAAAUAGACAACCCUGCAGUUCUAGAGAUGGAAGAUAGUCUUUAAAGAAAAAAAAAUCAAUAUAAGAUAAUGUAAGAAAUAACCUGUAGAUUAUAGAUCCUUUUUCUUGUACAAUAUCACUAUUGAUCUUCCACAGAUACAUUCCAAGUGGUAACUAAGCACAGUUUAAAAUCUGUGAUUAUGUCUUUGGCAUGAUCAAAGAAUAAAGCAGGAGAUGUAUAUAAAUCUUAAGAUAUGUUAUUAAAUAAGUUCAAUUAUAUGAAUAACAUUAUUUUGAUAUAUUUGUUUCAGCUUGUGCUAAGCGCAGUUAUAUUACAUUUUAUAAGGAACAACCACUCAUAUAACAUAAUGCACAUACCCUCAUUGGGGACAUUGAAAAGGACAAUUUAUUAUAUUUGAAUUAGCAAUGUUUUCUUACAUUCAUAGUCCUUAUAUACAACGUUUGCUGAUAUAUUUAUUUUUGCAAUAGUUGCAUUAAAUUUCAAGUCUACUAUUUUGGAAAAUAUAAUUUAGUUAUAUAAUUAUACUUUUAGAAAAUAUAUAAAAAGAUAUAAAAUAUAACGUGAUCAAAAUAUUUGCAAAGCAUUUUCUAUUGCUGGCAAAAAGAUCUUCCUCCUAAUAUAUUUAUUAUAUUCUUUAAAUAAGAAUGUAGUACUUUCUGCCCUGCUACGUAAAUUAAACUAAACAUCUACGUUAUUAGGAAACUAAAAGUCGUAUAUUGUAUAGAAAAGAAAAUAUUAUAUUAUAAAAGAGUUA